ACCGGAUGUGUUAUGCUACUCGACGGAUAUUGAACUUUACGCUCUUGCACAAGGACUUUUCCGCUCUUAGCUGCUGUAAACUUCACAUAUUCAGAUGAUUCAGACACAUCUUCGCGUAUAUAACCGCGUUUUAGAGAAGAUAAGACGUUUCUGCGUCCGGCGGUGGUUCCGUUAGAGUUUAUAACUGAUGUACUUGUAGCUAAUGUGGCUAAUGCUAACCGGGCAGCCGUUAUGAGGGUUUGUUUUAAGGUGAGCACGCUGAUCAGGAGAGUCUUCACACUUCCGGUCAGUUCAUCAGCAGUGGGAUGGCGAGCAGCUCAGUCCAGACUCUUCUGCAGCGCUCCAUCAGGUGAGGAGAAGCCCCGCCCCUCCAUGCUGAGACACCUGACCUCUAAAAUCAAAGCCACGGGUCCGAUUACGGUGGCUGAGUACAUGAGAGAGGUGCUCACCAACCCCGUGACGGGUUACUAUGUGAGGAACAACAUGCUGGGACCUGAUGGAGACUUCAUCACGUCACCAGAAAUCAGUCAGAUUUUUGGAGAGCUGAUCGGCGUGUGGAUCCUCAGCGAGUGGAUGGGAGCGGGUCAGCCCAAACAGCUGCAGCUGGUCGAGCUCGGACCGGGGAAAGGAUCUCUGGCCAGCGACGUCCUCAGAGUGUUCAGUCAGCUGCGCUCUGUGCUCGGCGAGGCCUCUGUGUCUCUCCACCUGGUGGAGGUGAGUCCGGCUCUGAGUCGUAUUCAGGCGCAGACUCUGACCGGGAACCAGAGCCAGGAGGCGGACACGGAGGAUGAGCUGGUUUACCGCCGCGGGGAAACCGCAGCCGGGCUGCCGGUGAACUGGUACCGCCGCUUAGACGACGUCCCCGCAGGCUUCAGCAUCGUUCUCGCUCACGAGUUCUUCGACGCUCUGCCCGUCCACAAAUUUCAGAGGACUCCUAAAGGCUGGAGGGAGGUGCUGGUGGAUAUCGACCCGGAGAAACCGGAGCAGCUCAGGUUCGUCGCGGCUCCCGCUCCGACUCUGGCGUCGUCCACUCUCGUACAGGCAGGUGAGAGGCGGAGUCAUGUGGAGGUGUGUGCAGAGGGCGGAGUCAUCAUCCAACAGCUGGCCCGGAGGAUCACAGAGGACGGCGGUGCGGCGCUGAUCGCCGACUACGGACACAACGGAACCAAGACGGACACGUUCAGAGGUUUUAAAGGUCACCAGCUCCAUGACGUCCUGUCCUCCCCCGGCUCGGCCGACCUCACUGCUGACGUGGACUUCAGCUACCUGCGGAGGAUGGCGGGAGGGGGCGUGGCCUGUCUGGGACUCAAUCAGAGGACGUUCCUGAGAAACAUGGGCAUCGACUCGAGAAUGCAGGUUCUCCUGAGGAACUGCAGCGACGCGUCCACCAGGAAGCAGCUGAUCAGCAGCUACGACGUGCUGACCAACCCGGCAAAGAUGGGCGAGCGCUUCCACUUCUUCAGCCUGCUGCACCCGAGCCGGCUGGAGAUACCAAAGAGGCCAGAGGGGCUGAAGCUGGAGAAGAACCCGACUCCAGCGCCGCUGCCCGUGGCCGGAUUCACCGAGCUCAAGUUCUCCUGAGACAAACACGGGACAGUUUCUGGAGCUUAAACAGACGCUCGGACAUUUGACAGAGUUCACUUCAGAGGGUCAUGCUGACAGGACGAUGCUGUUUUUUUUACGGCUGAUAAUUAAGAAUAUUUAUGCAGAGAGAUGAAAGACGGCACGUCUGUAAUUUAUAGAAAAAGCUGUUUCUUUAAGUUAACUGCAAUGGCAUUUGCAAUAAAAAAACAAGAAGAAAGAA